AUGAUCGUCCUGAACAUUCGCCAAGCACUUUACAUAGUGGAACUGGCCGGCACGUUUACCUGUACUUGGCCCAUAGAUCCGAAGAGCAGCAAGAAGGAGAUAGCAUUUCACAAUUUCAGAUGGGUGUUCACAAUGUUAAACGUGAUUCUGUUAAUGAUAUUUCUGGUCCUCGCAAUUUUCCACGUUCCAGACAACAUAGCUGUGUUAAUGCAAACAACCUCAGAGAUCAGCGCUCUGCUCGAGGUGUUCUUCGAUUUGAUACUUUGCAGGAUGAACUCCUGUCGACUGCAGGUUCUGAUAGCCAAGCUGAAAGUGUUUCUGGACGAAGCAAGUGAACACGAGCGUACCGUAAUACAAGGAUACAUAGAUCGGUACAAAGUAUUUUUCUCGGUGACCGGGAUGGGCUACAUGUUCGCUGCAGCCUCUUUUUGUUCUGCACCUUUCUUUACCGGCCAAAAGCUACCAGCUGAUGGAUGGAUUCCGUUUUCUAUCGAAUCACACGGAAUAUUUUGUACAAUUUAUGUCGUGGAAGCCUAUUGCGUUUUACAAACGGGAUUCAGCAUUUUUGUGGACUUCAUGAUAGCCAUUCUCUUCAGUUUCUCUGCAGCCAAAUUAGACAUAUUGGGGAUGAAAUUACGGCACGUGAAAAGCUACGACAUGCUGGUAAGCUGUAUCAAGGAAUAUCAAGAAAUAAUACGAUACGUGGAGGAUAUUAAAGUGACUGUUGAGUUUUUAUUAAUCAAAACGAACGCAACGAUGGCCUGCGCUGUGGUAUGCGGAGCUAUGCCCCUGAUUUAUAAUCAGUCUUUGUCCGUAAUCAGUCAGUUCCUUCCAAUGGUGUUGUCAGGCUGCUUACACCUGUUCGUCAUCUCCUGGCCAGCAGACGAUUUGAGGGAAAGUAGUAUUCGUUUCGCAAAAUCGAUCAGUGAUAUCCACUGGCUAGGCGAACCACGUAAAACGAAGAGCACCGUGGUGAUUAUGAUGAUAAGAAGUCAGAAGGCCUUUCUCGUUACAAUGGGUGGUGUGCUACCGCCUCUAUCAUUGGAAUAUUAUGCAAGAUUUUUAUCUACAUUAUCAUCCUACUUCAUGGGGAUGAGGACCAUGAUUGAAAACAACUUGUUGCAGAAAUUAAUCGAGGCGAUGAAGUUUUACUGCAAGGGAGCCAACUCGUACGAGAAAUACAUCUUCCAACGAUACGUGGACAAGUGCGGCAUGCUGUAUGGCGCGUCCGCGGUUUGGUUCUACUUAUGCGCCAUUAGCGUUACCAUGGGGACUUUCUUUACAUCCCAGACUUUCCCAACAGGUGCAGAGUAUCCGUUUCGCGUUGAUUACGAGCCCUUGAGGGCUAUCAUCUUCGUGCAGCAAACUUUAGUAGGUUUUCAGUGCUCUGCGUUACUGUGUACCAAUAUUGUUUCCGCUUUGCUCUUGCUCUUCGCCGCUUCGCGCUUCGAAAUUUUGAUGAACGACCUGCGGGUAGUCGAGAAUUUUGAUUCGUUGAUAAAAUGUAUCAGGAAGUAUUACGUCGUGAGAAGAUACGCAAAGGAAGUGGCGAACCUGAUACGAUUCACGGCUCUGAUCUCGUUGUGCAUUUGUGGCUUCGAAAGUGUGUUCAGUUGUAUGAUUAUGAUCAAGCCAGUACCGUUCACCGUGAAGUUUCAAUACUUUUCUGUGACUGCAACCACGCUAUUGGGGGUGUUCCUGUUCGCUUGGCCAGCUGACAACUUGAUGAGUGUACGUUUGAUACUCGAGAUGCAGCUUUUCUUCGAGACGUACAGUUGUUUGAACCAACUUAAACCCGUGUACUGCAUCCUGACAGUUACUUUCGUCAUUGGCAGCCUGAAUUUUGUACUCACGCCAUUACUUGUAGAAAAGUAUUCAACUCCACUGAACACCGUGUACUUCAACAUACCGACAGAUAAAUAUCGGGGUCGACGUAUGAUUUCCGUAUUUAAUAUAUUUCAUGUUGUGACCGCUGCUUCGGUGAUGUUCCUCGAUCUACUCGUAAUCUCCAUAAUAUGGCACGCUGCUUACGAAUUCGCUCUCUUGGGAAGCAAGCUGAAGAACCUGAAUGAAAAGCAGGCGAAGAUGUGGAUCACGCAACAUCAAGAUCUGAUCAGUAACACGCCUUACUUCCUCCAGAACGUAUCGUUCAUCGAGCUGUCUCGGUUUAUUCUAGUUAUUGUAUUAUCCAUUCUAUGGUUCCUCGCCUGCAGUUGGGCAGCUGAUAAAAUGACAGUAAUGAGGUGCCAGAAACCUAUUACCAUUUGCAUGACUGGAUUUCAAAGUGCUUGGUCUUUAAAAUUCUGCGAACAACUACUUUACACGACUUUUACUUUUUUCUCGGCAUUGAAAGAAGCGUUGCGAGCAUAA